AUUUUCUGAAGAGCAUGGGGAAAUGAUUAUUGGACAAAAGUAGAAUAAAACCAUGAGAACCAGGCUGAUCAAAACUACAGUAGCACAGAUACUAGUGGCCGAAGAUACCCAGGGUAGGAGUCCAGGCUGGAGUUGUUUGGGUUGUGGCGCGGUGUGUCUCAUUGAGGAUAAGUCCAUUCACUCCCACUUUCUGCGUCUGUACUGUGUCAAGCGUGCCACGUUACUGUGGGAGCAGGAGCUGUACAUUCCAUUCAAGUACACUGCAACUCGCGCAUUCUUCCAUACUUUCCCUGCAGAUAGCCACCAGGUAGGCCUUAACUUUGCGGAAGAGACUGAGGCAGAGGCGUUUCAUCUGGCGGUGGAGGCUGUUCAAAGGAACCAAGAAAUGAUGAUCACAAUGAGAGGAAUAACAAAUUCUGAGAACGAAAACAAGUCGACAAGUGAUCCACCUGAUUCAGGAAUGAAGCCACUUCACCAUUUGGACAAAGAGCAACAUUUCCCCUUUUCACCAUCCACAACAGUUACACCAACCACCAGUUCAAUGUCUAAGGUUCCUGAUGCUGCUAUGAGGAGGCUGUUGAUUCAUUCAAGAUUCAAUGAGAAUGACCUGAGAGAUGAAGACAUUGCUGAAGCUGGUGACUUCAUCCUCAACCAAUUUGACAGACCAAAGGCUGUGCAGAAAGAGCAGAGGAACAGAGGCCCAGUAUCACAGACAUUGCCGAGAGCUGCAGGGGCAUCCAUCUCCCUUGCUCUGAAGAAAGGACCUUUGCCACCGGUUCCCCCCAUCAAAGGCAGCAACACCUCCCAGCAUACACCACAGUACACAGAUCCACAACACCAGAGUCCGAGUCCUUUUCAGAUUCCUCCUCCACCUUCUAUGCCUGCUCCAGUUCUCCCAGAGAGAAUCAGAAGGAGUGGAAGUUUCCAACCUGUGGACUCCAGAAAGAGGUGACCGUAUUCUGACUGCAAUGAGAGAAGUGUUCAGACAAAAGCAGCAGCUCCAGAUGGGUACAGGUGGAAGUCAUAUGAAGCUGGACCCUAACAGUGACGGGCACCUUUAAAGAAACUUUGGUUUCAACUUUGCUAUGUACGAUGCAUUCAUUAAAAA